UGGUCUUGGAAGAGGAACUAUUGGCAAGUCUACCUAGCUACUUCUACUGUCUGACUUCCUGGUGUAAGAAACAAGCUUCUCUGUCUAAUGUAUUGCUUUUUUUAUAGCAUUUUCAUAGUUUCAUAGGCGUGUCCAUCAAUAUAUAAAGGCAUCAUAUUAUGUCAUCACUUCUUUCUGAAAUGUUUACUAAUUGGUGUUGCAUGACUAAAUGUCGGUCCUGUUUCUUUUCGGCCACUUUGUUUUGUCUAGUCCCUCUCUAGUCUCCAUUUGCUGCUGUCUUGGCUUUCUCAUUUGGGGCUUUUUAUUUUUUAUUUUUUAUUUUUUUUUGUUUUUGCUAUUUGUUGUAAUUACAAUAUGAUUUUGUUUGAAUACCCCUGACGGUUGCUUUCAAUGAUAAUGCAUUUUAUUCAGCAUAAAAUCAGCUUCCAUGCCUGCUAUAGUAAAUCUAUCAGCUCAGGUACCAAAGAGAUGGCAUUUCACUUGUCGUCCAUCGAGAAAGCUUCUUACUUACUUGACUACUCUGAUUUCCAGGUUAAAGAAGCACCACAUGAAUGAAUCCCAAGCUUAUCAAUACUUUGUCUUGAGAGCUCAGAAUAUAGCUCUGUCCCAUGGAUAUGAAAUUGUUAACUGGCUCGUUGAUGGAGUUGCUGAGCAAGUGGUUGCAUCUGGAUUAAGGUGCAUUGUGAGCAACCAGGAUAAGUGGUACUUGGACCACUUGGACAUCACCUGGCAGGAAUUCUAUAUGAAUGAACCACUCAAAAAUAUCACAAACUCCAAGCAACAGAAAUCAGUUAUUGGUGGUGAGGUAUGCAUUUGGGGUGAACACACUGAUGGGUCAGAUAUAGAACAAACCAUAUGGCCAUGUGCUGCGGCAGCUGCAGAGCGACCGUGGAUACCAUAUGACAAGCUUGACGAGGAUCCAAGUGAAGUUACUGGAAGGUUGGCUUAUUUCAGAUGUUUACUGAAUCAAAGAGGAGUUGCUGCUGCUUCAUUAUAUGGACCAAGCCGAGUUGCCCCUUUUGAACCAGGUUCCUGCUACGUGCAAUAAGAAGCAAAAGCACUGGAACAACUACCAGUUGUGAAACCAAUUUGGCUGUAAAUUGAAAAAAGGCCCCCAUUUUAAUGUACCUCAUAUUGGUGGAUGCAUCUCACCUGUUAGAUCAGGUAGCUUCCACCAGUUGCUUUCUUCAAUUUCUUCAACAAACAGUUUUUAUGUCU